AUAAUGGUAUUAAAGUCAACACUACAUAAAAAUAGUGCUUAUGAUUUCACGAAGCUUCAACUCGGCAACGGAUCAAUAUUCGCACCAGUUGAUAUUUGGCAUCGAAGGCGCAAAAUCCUAGUACCAUCAUUCGCGCCAAAAUAUGUCAAUAAAUUUAUAGCUGUUUUUGAGGCACAGGACAAGACUUUAGUCGAACAACUUAAAUCCAAAGUUGGAAAAGGGAACUUCUCAUGCUGGGAUUUUAUUGCAAGCUAUGCAUUGGAUUCUGUUUGUGAGACAGUGUUUGGAAUGAACGUUGAGAUGCAGCGGCAGCCGGAACAUCCACUCUUCAAUGCUUUUAACGAAUUCCUUAAAAGUUUCGUUCCUCGCAUAUUUAAACCUUGGGUAUACAGUGACGCUAUUUACAAAUUAACAGCGACGUAUUCCAGGCAAGAGCAAAUGAAGGAAAUCAUUUACGAAUUCAUCAACGAUCUCAUUUACAAAAAGAAAGCGCAGAUUAGAGAACGAAAUGGAAAUGAAGCGGGAACUAAUAAUGAUCCAAUACAUACAAAUCAAUUAAAGUCAUCCGUAGAAUUUUUGAUAAACGCAUCGUUUACGCAUGAAGAACUACGGGAAGAGGCACUUGUACUUCUACUAGCUGGUACUGAUACCUCAGCUGCUGGAAUUUCCACAACAAUUUUAUUGUUGUCCCAACAUACUGAUAUUCAAGAAAGAGUUUACAGGGAAAUACAAGAAGUUAUUGGUGAUUUGAACAAUCCCCUUCAGUUGAAAGAUUUGCUUAAAUUAAAGUAUACAAAAGCAGUUAUAAAUGAAACAUUAAGACUUUAUCCACCGGUUCCCUUUAUUGUUCGAGAUUGUAUAGAGGAUAUAAUACUUCCUUCUGGCAUAACUUUACCUAAAGAUACUAUAGCAGUUAUUAAUAUCUGGGGCAUACACCACAAUCCUCAGCACUGGGGUGAAGAUGUGAAUGAUUUUAAUCCUGAUCGUUUUAUGUCUGGACAAAUACCAAAAGCUUUUAUGCCAUUCAGUCAUGGUCUAAGGAACUGUAUUGGUCAACAAUAUGCGAUGCUGUCACUAACAACAACCUUGGUGACACUCUUACGAAAUUACCGUUUCACUCCAGCCACAAAUUUAACAUACGACAAAAAUAAUCCACUUCGUAUUUCCUUUGAUGUUACGUUGAAACACGUAGAUAAUUAUACAAUUCAAAUAGAAAAUCGUGAUAAAAUGUAA